AUGGCACGAGGAGCGAUGCCGCCGACUCCCAGCAGCGGCACUAUGAGCAACAGUGAAACCCGUGCGGUCGGGGCGGUCUGCUCCUUUACCAGCUGCAAAUUGCCGUCCUUUGCUGGAGCCCCACUAUGCCAGGAACACCUGCAGAGCAUAGGGGUGAAGCCCAAGAAGCCCACCAGCAGCCUGCGCAUCAGCGGCCCAGAUGCGCCGACUCCGGGGCCUCCGUCGCCGUCGGCGUCCAAGAUAGGAGCACAGUCGCGAUUGCCUUUUUUGCGGAGAAAAACCGCCCCCAGCGUCCACAAGCCCUUCCUGCCGUCCAGCUCGACGGUUCAGAAAGAGGGUGCAUUUUCACCGUCUGCAGGCAGUUUGGCGCGUACACGUCCUCCUAUCUCGCACAAGCGGUCGAGGGACGAGUUUGAAAGCGACAGCAGCUCGCUGCCAGGUUCUGAUGACUUCGCGCAUCCGUCCACGACAGCUUCGCCAGAAAGCCAGAAUGGUGCCGUCGGGAGGAUGGCUGGUGGACGUCUAGUUCCAGACAGAGACAACAGCAAUCGGGGGGCAGCGCCGACGAACGGCAAACUUCACACAAGCCACAAAAGCCUACACGACAAGGAGAACGGGGGAGAAGCCGCGCCUGGACACACCGGAUCGGGACUGCGAGGCUGGUGGGACGUGGAGUAUAGAAGACGGGACAGAGCGACAGGCGCUGGGCUGGAAAGAUCGGAGUAUGCAAGCCUGGACUUGAACGAUCUCGCACACGCACGCCUCCCCAUACCCUCAACGCCGCUGUGCAUCGCAUCAUUAUAUCGGCGGAGCCAGGGCCAAGACCGCGAUUGCGGCGACCGGCCCCGGAGACUCAGGCCGGUCCACGUCCCGCUGACGCAGCACCUCUCACUCGACGCCUACGUCUACAGCCAGGAGAGCGCGGCCGAAGCACCACCGGGCGUGGUGGUGCCGUCCGGGGCCGAGAUGGCGGCAGCCCGUGCCCGGGCUGCUGUGACGGCAUCGGUGGCAGCAUCGACGUCCUUCUCGGUCCGCCCUUCGUACAUAUACGCGCACAUCGACCCGCGGAUUCACUGGAUGCGGCCACGGCCGACCAGCUGGCACGAUGCCAAGCAGACGGAGAUCAGAGCGCGCGGUGGCCGCAAAGCCAACUUUGGCAAGGUAACCCAGCGCUUGGCCGAUCAGCGACGGCGAGAGCUGUCAAGCAGCGGAAGCGGCAGUGGAAGCGGCAGCACCACCAAUGGGGUAGCAAGCAAGACCGCCACUUGGGCUAGCAACAAGCCCAAGGGAACGGCCAGUGGAACAGCCACUAGCGUCGCCAACGGGACUGCCAAUGCCGACUGCGAUGUGGACGAGAGCGCAGACAGCAGUGUUGGAAUCGGCCUUGGUCGGACCGCUGCUAGUUCGGCCACGUCAGACAAGGACCUGCCUCCAGAGGUCCGUAGCAACAAGCAGUGGAUGAAGUUCAUAGGCCUGUUCUCUCAGCACGGCGAAGAGAGACGGAGGAAGAUGUUGCAGCAGCGAGCAGAUCGCCAAGGACAGACCGAGGCGUAG